AAGUAGCACGGACACACAUCAGACUGGGAUACUUUAUCGGCAGGUGUCAAAAAAUGGGAGUGACUACUUAAUUCCAAGAUGCUAAAAUAAAACUUGGGGGCUCUAGUGUACGGAGGUAGCGUGCGGAGGAUGAAAAAGGCCGGAAAGGACGUUCUCAGGCUCCUCUUUGUUAGUGACGAGCGCCGCGGCGGUAUUCGUGUUCGUUCGAGUAUGCACGCGUAGCGUGGCCGAGGAGUUUCUUUGUGAGUUUCGUGUGCGAUUUUAGGACCAGCUCGUCGUCGAAGAUCGCACGACGAUGACAGACGGCACCGGGAACGAGGACUCCGCCGCAUUCAAUUCCAUAUCCGAUCCAAGCAAGACAAAUACGUACAGCGGUACAGCGGGUGCAGUAGUUUUGUAUUCAACCGCACAGGCAUGGCGAGCCCAAUUCCACCGAAGCCUCACAUGCUCCAGCGUCUCAGAAUCGUCGGACGAAGAAGAAGAUCUGUCUCAAUAUCAAUUCGAGGAUGAUCUUGAAUAUCUUAGAUCAUUAGAUCCAAGAGAUUGGAAGGAUCAGGACCAUUAUGCUGUUCUAGGCUUGAAAGAUCUCAGGCACCGAGCAACCGAAGAUCUCAUUAAAAGAGCCUACAAGCUGAAGAUAUUAAAACAUCAUCCUGAUAAGCGCAAGGCAAUGGGCGAGGAAAUCCGACCAGACGAUGACUAUUUUACAUGUAUAACUCGCGCCUGGGAAACCCUUGGGAAUCAAGCAAAAAGACGAAGUUACGAUAGCGUGGAUCCUUGCUUCAAUGAUAAUUUGCCGGACGAGAAGGAUUGUCGGAACAAUUUCUACGAGGUGUUGGGUAAAGCUUUCAAAGAGAAUUCACGGUGGUCCGUGAAGAAACCCGUACCGCGACUGGGUGGACCACUGAUGCCACGAGAGAAGGUAGAACAAUUCUAUUCAUUCUGGUAUGACUUCGACUCCUGGCGCGAGUAUUCGUACCUCGACGAGGAAGACAAGGAGAGUGGUCAAGACCGGGACAUGCGCAAGUGGAUCGAGAAGAAGAACAAAGCGACGAGAGCGAAACGGAAAAAAGAGGAGAUGGCGCGAAUACGUACUUUAGUGGAUAUGGCUUACAAUAUAGAUCCUAGGAUAAAGAAAUUCCAACAAGAAGAUAAGGAAAAGAAGAAUGCUGUAAAAAGAGCGAAGCAAGAAGCGGCAAAAGCCAGACAGCAGGAAGAAGAGAGAAUAGCCCGGGAUGCGGCAGAGAAGGAAAGAUUAGAAAAAGAGAAAAGAGAAUCCGAGGAGAGAGCAAAACAAGAUGCGUUGAAGCAGGAGCGUGAGGCACAAAAGAAAGCGUUGCGCAAAGAGCGGAAGGCACUUAGAGAUUUCUGCAAGGCAAACAAUUACUUUGCUGAAAGCUCGGAAGAGAGUCUUCGACAUAUGGAGAGCGUAGAGAAAAUCUGUGAACUGUUCAAGCUGAUGCAGCUAGAAGAAGCAAUGAAACAACUUCAGACCAAUGGCAGAAUCGCAUUUUUGGGCAUCGUCGAAGAAGCUGAACGGAGAAUCGAGGCAGAACGCCGCGUGAAUGUAAUCAAUAAUGAUGCGAGAAAUAUGCCCGAUAAACAAACUAAAACUUGCACCGCACCCUGGAGUGAGAACGACUUGCAACUUUUGAUAAAAGCGGUCAAUCUAUUUCCCGCCGGCACCAAUCAACGUUGGGAAGUAGUAGCAAAUUUCAUCAAUCAACACAGCAGUUCUACUAGCGGAGCUACGCGAGACGCCAAAGAAGUGUUGGCAAAGGCCAAGAGUUUACAAUCAAUCGACUUUAGUAAAUCGAGUCUGAAAGAACAAGCGAAUAAAAAAGCCUUCGACAAUUUUAUUGCCGAGAAAAAGAGCAAAGAAGCUAUCGAGGAAAGAAUGCCAGCUGUUACAGAGCGUCUGGAUCAUCCAAUUGCGAACGGCGUCGCCGCUGAACCUAAGGAAACGAAAAAAGAAUCGGCACCGUGGACGCCAGGUGAACAAAAACUCCUGGAGCAAGCGCUGAAAACUUAUCCCACGACGGUCUCGGAUAGAUGGGAUCAGAUCGCAGCGUGUAUACCCACUAGAACGAAAAAAGAAUGCAUGAAGCGAUAUAAGGAACUAGUCGAGCUCGUGAAAGCGAAGAAGGCGGCGCAGAUGACGAAAUAAUAUUAACUGCACGCUAAGCUCGAAAUUUCCUUCUAACUUAUUGAACUUUAGUUCAAUUUUGCGAUUCCAAUAUGAUGAUUGUUUCAUUCCCUGAAACGGAAUUCUUCCCUAGAAAAUUAUAAUCGAAAUUUAAGACUGGACGAAAGAACUUUAGCUUAUUCAUUGAGUGCCAGCUCGCGUGCAUACUUGUGCCUUGCUACAGCCUAUACGUGCACGAAUUAAUUGCACGGCAUACAGAAAAAUUCGACGUGUUUCGUUCAAUCGACUCUGCGACACAUUUUAUUCCUACGCGCUGUACAUUCUGAAUGUACCUUUGAAGUCAUGCUACUAUCCAAUCACUUCCGUGAUGAAGCUUAAAAUUUAGGAUCUUCUUUCCUUUGGCAAUAUGAAUAUGUAUUUCAUGACCGACUUACACUUCAUAUUGUAAGUACUGUAAAAUAAAAAGGAGUUACUGCCGUCGUAGGAAGAGACAGUGGCCAGAAGAGAAAGCCGGACUUUAUAAAUAAAUGAGGAUGUUUUGAAAGCGGCUGUUGGAUGGAAA